UGGUUUGGUGCUUUCAGAAAAAAAACAAAAACAACCCAUGUACGCAGAGCGCAUGUCUCAACAUGGAGCGACUACUUAGCACAAAUGUUCGCUGUUAGAAGCUUAAGCACAGAUGGCUCGGAGUGGUUUGGGUCUCUCCUGCACAUGUCGGAGAAGGUCAUGCAGCCAGUGAAUGGAGGCCAGCCCACAGCCUGCUCUGCCGUGCCCACUCACGUCUGCAGCAGACGGGCUUCUUUACGGCUGUUAAGGGCCUGUCGGCCUGCGGGCUUCUUCCAUUGGCACAUUUCCACAAAUGGACAAUUAUAAUGUCUGAAGCAAGUUUCGCAGCUGGUCCCUGGUCGCUGAGCUCUGUAGCUGUUUGGCCGGAGCAGAGAUGUUAAACCAGUCCUUGGGGUUCCCCCGUCAGCUCCCACUUUAGCUGUUUUUAAUGUUUGAACAGACAUAGACGAGGUAAACCAGCAUUCUGCACUGCUGGAUAACCCUGGCUGAUGUGUGUUUGGAGCUGAACCAGGAAAAAAAAAAGAAAAGUGGACUGGCUAGAGGUCUCCCAGGACUAGACUGGAAACACUCGACUGGAGGUUAAUCGCUCUCUGAAGUGGAGAGCUGCAGUACUUGCUGACCCCAGGCACAUAGACCAGCAUGUCCCAGAGGCACCUGGGAGGCUGGAACAUAAUCGGGAGUCAACAGAGUACAAAGAGUACAGAGUACAAAAGGUUUGUCCUCCAUUGUCCUUACCUUAACCUUUCACAUGCCUACGAGCUGCUGAAAUAAUGCCCUGUGGCCUGCAGGGCAGCGAGGGUGAGGCACAGGGCAUGCUGAAGAAGCACGUUUGGAAGAAGCGGAGUAGCAAGCGUGUCCCAGAGGAGCCCAUGUAACGGAAUUGUCGUCCAAUGAAGGAAAGCCAGUGACCUACACAAGGCUGGCUAAAAACAACCAUGAGAAAGAGUUCCUCCCAUGGCUCCAGCACUGUUCUACCCAGCCAGCCGAGAAGCGGACCUCGUGGUGAGUCCACAGGACCGAUGGAACGCUUCACCUGGCCAGUACUGACGGAAGCUGGCUUAGCACGGCCUCAUUUGAAUUACGUUACCUGGGGUUAACUGUUAGACCAGUAAGAAUGAUCUUAUUUGCAUUAUGAAAUUUGGGGUUAGCAGUUAGACCAGUUAGCCUGGUGUCCUUUGAGUUAUGCUAAUUAUAUGCAAACUGGUUGUACUCUGUCAGCAAAUUGGGUUAUUCCCUUACACCCCCUUGUCUUAGUACACGGGGCAAAGAUAACUAGAAGAUAUUGGUUUUACUUUCGUAUGGUGGACCUCAGGGGAGAAGCACUGUAGCUUGAAUUAUAAAUUAUUAUAAUUAAGUUAGUUAACAUAGACAAUGUAAUUAAUGUAGUUUAAAUGAAUCAAUUAAAAUGAGUUGUUUCAAAUCAUUUGCUGGGUCAAAUAUGAAUAUAAAGAACAUAUGAAAAAGAGGCGCAGCAGUUAAAAUAAUGCAAUGAAACAGACAUACGUGCUUGGUCAAGCUUUAUCCUGUGCAUUUGUGCAAAACUACUUCCUAAAUGACACUUCAACAGACCAUAUUGAUUACAUAAUAGUGAUGCACAAUGCUCUUACAACUUCAAAUGUAAUGCGAAAUAUUGCUGUUGCCCUGAAGCCAAACGUACAGCUCUUUGACUGGGCGUGAGUGGCACUGUACACAUCCUGUGAGCAGAUGAGGAAGUGAAGGCUUGGCCCUCUCUUUGUGCGUGUGUGUGUGUGUGUGUGUGUGUGUGUGUGUGUGUGCUUGCAUUCUGCGAGAUGCUUUAGAACUGCAUGCGGUACGUUUGUUCAUGCAAAGACAGUUUUUCUCAGAAAAAAAACAAGAGCCAUGCUUCAGAGGAAAGCUUCAAACGUCUCGGACAAACCCAAGAAUAAACCAAAGCGCUCCACAAGCUUUGGGAGAUUCGACUGUUCCAGACACCAGUCCCAACAAACCAAAGCUGAAGAGCAGGAAAGCUCUGGGGGAACCAAGGGGGAGCUGCCUGAGGGAGAGCCGCACAAGGGAGGGAUAGGGAAGAAGAUGAAAGCCAUCUCCAUGACGAUGUGUAAGAAGAUGGGGAAAAAAUAUGUUAAUGCUCUAUCAGAGGAAAUGGGAGGGGACAAGGGAAGAGACCACAAGGAGGAAGGGGAUACCGACCCGAGUGAUGCUUUAGCCAAAGGCUGCCCAAAGUCCAGAAACUUCAUGGAAAGCCCACACGGCGAGCAGAGCUCCUCCGGCGGUGUCAUCAGUGGCUCUGUGGCCUCUGGUCAUGAUCUGAGGCUGGAGGAAGAGCAGGCUUUUACAGGCCAGUUCUGCGGCAGGGCAAAAGCGCACACAGAUUUCCUCCCAAGCCCAUAUGACACAGAGUACCUCAAACUCAAGGCAGGAGACGUGAUCGACAUCAUCAGUAAGCCGCCCAUGGGCAUAUGGACGGGCAUGUUGAAUGGUAAAGUGGGCAACUUUAAGUUCAUCUACGUGGAUGUCCUGGUAGAAGAGCCUGCAGCGGUACACAGGUCACAUGACCACAGCAGGAGCAGGAGACCGCGGCCAAAGACUCUCCAUGAGCUCCUGGAAAGACUCAACCUUGAGGAGCUGGAGUCUGCGUUGCUGUUAAAUGGAUAUCAGACAGUGGAAGACCUAAAGGAUCUGAUGGAACAGCAUCUGAUCGAGCUGAAUGUGACUGACCCGGAGCAGAGACUCAGACUACUGGCAGUCACCCAGUCGCUGCAGGAUUCAGAAUACCACAAUCAGAAAGACGACAGCGACGCGCAAGGAUCUGCUAGCGAGGGCGCUAACGCAAAACCGAACGACUGCCCCAGAGAUUCAGGUUGCUACGUAGCAUCUGACUGCUCCGACAACAGCAGAGAGGAUGCAGACCAGUGCUGUGGGAACUGACAAGUUGCUAUUUUUGCUUUUGUGGUUUCAUCCUGUGUAUGUGGAAUCUUGGCACCUUUACAAACCGCGAAUGGACUCCUGAAUUGAGAUUCUGUCUGCAAAUGCAAUGUAAACAUGUUUAUGUAUAGUAUUGUGCAAUAGUACACUUGAACAGUCAUACUUUGAGCAUUUGGAAGUUACCAAAUACCAUGUAUUGUAAAUAAUAUGUGAAAGAACCGCUAAAUACUGCUGGUAUAUUUUCUGCAAUAAAAGAACGUCACUCAUGCUUGUCAGGAGGAAGGAAAAUUGA